AUGCCCGAUAAGCAAAGUCACCCUUACUUCCCGCAGGACUCUGCAGUCCCGGGAUAUGUUCCCAAUAGCGCCCCUCUCCUCGUCAUCACAGGGGCGUUUGGCGGCAUUAUUGCCGUAUUCCUGCUCGGGUGCAUCUCCCUCGCAAGAUGGUGUAACCCUGCCCUGAAAAAGGCCGAACAACUGGCCAUCGGCUGGUUUGUGCUAUGCGGGUUCCUCCAUUGCUUCUUCGAAGGCUACUUCGUCCUCAACCAUGCCUCCAUCACAUCCUCGCAAUCCCUCUUUGCCCAGCUGUGGAAGGAAUACUCCCUCUCGGACUCGCGCUACAUGACCUCGGACCCGUUUAUGUUGUGCAUCGAGACGCUCACAACCUUGACCUGGGGUCCGCUGUCCUUGCUCACGGCGCUCCUGAUCGCCUUGUCUUCCAAACCCGGCAGCACCAGCGGCAGGUAUCACGGCACGCGACACCUCCUCCAGACAGUCGUCUGCGUGGGCCACCUGUACGGCGUAGCGCUCUACUACGGGACCUGCGGCUUCGCAGAGCACAUGCGUGGCCUGUCGUACAGCCGGCCCGAGCCGCUGUACUACUGGGGAUACUUUGCGGGCAUGAACGCGCCUUGGGCGGUGGUUCCGUGCGUGUUGCUGCUUCAAAGUGCGAAAGCCAUUCAGGGAGCCUUCGCCGCGGCUGGGCGGGCAGAGGAGCGGAAGAAAGUGAGAUGA